UGUACUAAUAAGAGUUAGUACAAGCAUAAGACGGCGGCACGGUAGUGUUUGAGGUAAUGGCGCCGGUUUCACGUAACAGAACCGUUAACAAAAUCCCAUCCGCUAAGUCUCUUGUAACAUAGCGCUUUUAUUGGUUAGUCUGGUCUACUUAACGGACACUCUUCUUGACACAAGGAUACUAAUUCUCACAUAUCUUUGAUGCGGAUUCGACGAGACUGAGUAGCUCGUAGUACAACAACUCAAAUCAAUAUUUCGUAUUUAGAGUAUGAUCUAUUCUUGAGAUCCUAUUGGCCGAGCUUAUACGGUAUCCACAGUCCAUCUGUCUUUUGGACUAUGCCCAUCUUCUGCAAAUGCUGCAUUGAUAACUUGUAGAGUUGCUCCAAUUUCUAUUCCAAGCAUUCUAGUAUACUGGAAUAAUUAUUAUAUUUGUAGCAGAAACUGUCAAUUUUUGACUUCAAGAUAGUGACUGAGAGAUAUUUUGACUUCAGAGUGACUUCAAGAUAUUUGAAAAUUUUCCUUUCAGGAACAAAUGAAGUACUUACUACUGGUGGUUACUUGCACCAUUAGUCAUAUAAACGGUGUAAUAUACAAAUUACCGAAUGAAUUGACUAAUGUUUCGUUCCACAGCUCAGACUAUUAGCAGAGAACGUACACUACUGGGAGAGCAAUUGGGAAGGGAAUUAGCAGAAUUCAUAGCAUCUUCCCUUUUUUCCCUUUUUGUUUCGUGUCAAGUCGUAGGUAUGCGAACGUCCGUACCCGUCAACGAUCGUGCUGCGUUAUGCUGUGUAAGCAGUAGCAUCCCUGCAAUCUCACCAGAGAACCACAUACAAUCACAUACGCUCAUUUUACGUGUGCAAACAAACAUAAAACGAAACAUAGCCGUAAGAGAACGCCACCUGCACUGGAGAGAAGAAGAGAAAGUCAGUCUACUGAGAGCAUAGCACGCUAAACAAACCAACCCUCCGGGUGGAUGCGUUUUUUUUUUCUUCGCUGCGUGCAACAUAAAAAUGGUUCUCUCACUCUCAUGCCACAACCGAAGCGCGCAGAAAUCUCCAUCGGUGAGCCAGUCCAUCCAUUCGUUCGCUGUUAGUCGGUUCGAACGGUACGUGAAACCCGGUGUCCGAGAUCCAGCACGCGCGCACGCAAGCCCAAAAACCGACGUACCCGUCCAGCUGUGUGGAAAAGUCGUGUGUGUGUGUUUUUUUUGGUGGAUUUUUUUCUUCUUCUGCCGUCAGAGACUAUCAUACGUGUACCAAAGCAUUGGUGGAACUGAGCAUUGUGUUGAGAUUUCCCCGGAGCAUCCCGGAGCGUGGUCUAAGCCCUCCAAUUUGCCUAGCGCCUGUGUGUGCCUUAACGUGUCCCGUCUCCCUUCCAGCUCGUGUGCCUAAUGUUACAGCAACGAAAGCGAAAACCUCCAAACCUCCAUAGCAAAAGGCACGGUUGAGACCUGCCGCAAACUUGUACCAGCGUUUGUGAAGGUUCCCCCCGAGCAGGUUCGUUGCAAAAGCUCCUAGAAAGAGUCGACGGUUGGCUGACUCAAAAAAUCAAACCUCCCCCAGGUGGAGCCAUACCCUCUGACGUGUGUAGUGUUCGUUUGUGUGCUGUACCCGGUUGUGUGCUAGCCCAAGGAAGGUGCUUUUUUAUGUUGUUGCAAAUUUUCGAUCUCAAGCUGAUCCUCCCCCGUGGUAUGUGGUUGUGGUGUUGGUGUGUGAUGGCCAAGUGAAAUGAGGGUGCAGCAUAAAGUAGAUGUGAAACAGGUCUGUCGUUCGUGCGCCAACCUAUCAAGAUUGUGGCCAUUUGACCUGGUGACGCGACCAGUUGGAAGCGAGAAAAAAGGGUGCCUUCUAAUUGAAUGUAAGUCUUCAUAGUAACCACCAGUGUGUGCCGGUGUACCGUAUCCGAAACGGAAAGCGAAAGAGGUAGCAAGUGUUGUCGCAGGUGUGUUUUAACUAUUAAUAGUUCAAAAGGGCAAUCCAAACGAGGUGUCCUGUAUCCACUACCACCGGUGAUAUCUUACCCGUGUUUCGAGGAAUGUAUCAUCGGUACGUGAUAAUGGCUGUCUGUUAAGCCUCAUAAAAAAAGCUUUCUUUGAAAAAAAAAACACUGACGGUACAACGAAGCAAUCGUAUUCAAAUGGUUAAGAAAAAGUGUCCGAUAUUGGAGACAAGCAGUACUUAACGAGAACACUCUUCGCAAGAUAUAAAAGUAAUCACGAAACGAUCAGUCACUUGAUUCUUGCUAAUCGAAUAGUUUGUGUGUGUGCGUGUGAGUAGUGAAACAACUAAUCUACUACAAUUCAACUGAAAAGAGGAUCAUAAUGGCAGCCGUAGUGUAUGGGAAUAGCCCCCGGCACAGCAGUCGUCACCAUCAGGGUCAUCUGCUGUCUCAACACUCACCGUAUCAUACGCAGUCAGCCAAUGUUGGCCAGCAUCACACACUGCCACCCCCACCCGGUCAUCAUUCCCACCAUUCGGUAUCGUCCGUAUCGCCACCAUCGCAGAUCAUUACACCGCCGACCUCGUAUCUUUCCUCCGCCACGACAGCCAUCUCGUCGCAGCAGUCGUCGGGUGGUCAGCAACAGCAAUCGCAACCAUCGUACUAUCACCAUCACCAUUCACAGUCGGUAUCGUUGCCGCCGCAGCAUUCACAGACGCUCAGCAGCUACCAUCAGCUGCGCAGUUCAAAACGGAAGUCGGCGGUAGAGCUGCUGGCCGAAAGCAAACCGUUCUACGUGAAAUCGGAAACGGUGCUCGAUCGUCAGCAGCAGCUGCUGAACAAGCGCUCGAGUGGUGGAAGUGGCAGCGGCGGUGGUAGUGGUGGUAGUAGCGGUGGAGGUGGUGGUGGUGGUGGUGGACCCUCACAGCAGAGUAGAACUGGUGUAGGGGAUGGAGUUGGUGGUAGUACCGGUACGCUGAGCGGAUCGUAUAUGGUAUCACCGUCAAGGACACUGCCAUCUUCUGCCGUGAGCCAGGCAUUACAGCAACAGGUGCAGCAACAGCAGCAGCAGCAACAACAGCAGCAACAGCAACGACCAACAAACCGCCGGAGUGCCUCCUCCGGUUCCGAUCUGCUGCAGACCAAGUUACGCAAGCUGCUUAACGCUGCGGACAGUAAAGAGACAAUAAUGCCCCCGGUAGACGUGGGUCUGAUCAAUUCUAAAUAUGGCCAACCGCUGGAAACGAGCUACAUCGGCACGGGUAUGGUCGGUGGUGGUGGCGGAGGUGGAAUUGCCGGCAGUCUGGAUGAUAUCGGAUACAUUCAGCCACCGAAAAAUUAUCAACAGCAGCUGACCGUGCAUCCGGAGCAGCCGAGUGAUGUGUCCGUGUUCUUCCCAAGUGCGUUCUUAUCGCCUCAGUCCUUACCACCGCAUCCAGGUGGUGAUGACGAUCUCUAUCUGUACGGCGGUUUGCACGAUAGCCUGGUACUGACCGAUGAUUACCGUGCCAUUAGUCCGCCGGCUGAGUAUGCGGAGCAGCAACAGCAGCAGCAGCAGCAGCAACAACAACAUGGUGGUUCCCCUGAGAGUAAGCAUCCUAUGGGAGGUGGCCACAGUCGCUACAACUACCAACGAUCGUACUCACACUCGCAAGCCGUGGUGACGGGUUCUGGCCAUCAUCCAACCGAUGAAUCCGACUACUCGCCGACACAAUCGUAUAACAUCAACAGCCACAAGUCGCUGCCAGAUCUGCACUCGCAAAGUAGCCGCCAUUCACCACACUCCGAGGCACUGAGCUGCUGCAGUCGGGGCAACCGGUCCAACCGUUCCGGCAGCUCCUUCAACAGGGACUCGGGCGGUUCUUCCGGUCACUACACGCACCACAGUGAACCCUGCUGUAAGCAGCAGCAACAGCAGUUCCAGCAGCACCAAUCAAACCACCACCAGCUGUCACACCUGCCGCACUCUCAAAUGGUAAUGCAGCAUCAGCAGCAACAACAGCAGCAGCAACAGCAGCAGCACCAUCCGCAACACUACUCGCAGCAUCAUUCGCAGCAGCAGCAGCACACACUGUCCCAGGCAGGUCAGCAGGGUAACGAUUCAAUGAUGAUGCUGGGAGACUAUCGGCGUGAUAGUGGCUCUUCGACGCAGCACAGCGGCAAUUCUUACUACGCCUACGGUAUACCUCCGCUGCGCUACGACUGCAUCGAAUGCCGGGCGAAAAUCCGAGAAGAGGCGGACUGUCUGCUGAACUUCACCACACCGGAGGUGCCGGAAGCGUUCCAGGAUGGUUACAGUGAGAAGCAGCACCAGCUGCAGCAGCAGCAACAGCAGCAGCAACAACACUCCAUGUCUAAGAGUCAGCACACGAAGUACUACGACGAGCGUGGCAGAAAGUACUACAAGAACGUUUCAGGUCCUCCGAUGUCUCCUUUAUCGCCGGUAUCUCCACUCUCGCCGCCGGAUCAGCAACAGUCGCAGCUGGAUCUUAGUCCACCGCUCGGUACAUUCAAGCGGCAGAAGUGUUUGCGCUUCAAGAAUCGCAGCGGUCGUCAGUCUGCCGUUAGCAACCCUUCACCUUCGUCCGGCGGUCGCUGUGGUCCGGGUGGGCCGGGUUCGAGCGCGAGUGCUGGAGCAGCAGGCGGACAGCUCGAUGACGAUCGUCGUCCGAUUUUGCGUUCGAAAAGUGACAUUAGCGAUCGGUACUGGAACCGUAGCCAACCGGAGCGCAGUCUCCCGGUGGCGGCAGACGUUCGCGAACACCGCGAGCGACGGGCGGACCGUGAUCGUGAGCGGGAUCGCGAUCGUGAUCGGGAACAGCUUGAGAAGCAACGGUCGCGCUCGGACAGCUUAACGCAGCUGGAACGCUUCUUCGAUCGGCUCGGAUUAGACGAGGAAACGUACGAUCGUUACAUUGCGCCGAAGAGUACGUUGCAGCGGCGUUCGUCCGGAUCGUACCACCAUCAUUCGCACCACAGCAAUUCGGCAUCCUCCGACAUUCAUCGCCUUUCGGACGAUUGCUCUGCGGGUGGUGGAAGUGGUGGUGGUACUGGUGGCGAAUCGGACGAGUCUAGCGCUGUCUUCUUCUCGGACGUGUCCACCAUCGACUCGACCAAGCUGCCGGAUAGUACGGAGACGGCAAACGGCCAGGGACAGGGAGUCGCACCCGGACCGCAGCUGAUUGGUGUCGGUGGUAUGGGAGGAACGGGCGGCCCAAUAGUGGCAUCGGGCGGUCAGGGACCGUUGGUGGGUGCGGGUGACGGUGCACCACUUCUUGGUGCCGGUGGUCCGGCACCGCUCUAUCGUACCAGCGAACCACCGUCCAUCAUUGAGCGCAAUGCGCGCAUCAUUAAGUGGCUGUGCAACUGCAAGAAGAUGCAGCUAACCUAGGGCCGUCGACACCGGAGGCGGACACCGCCCCGGUGGUCCCCGCCGACCGAACGCGCCGGCUACCGGCGACGGAAUUGAGCUGUGACACUACGGAAGGUAUCUGUUAACUUCCGCACAACCAGGCGGAGGCUCGAGGAUCCAACUAAGCCAAAGACAGACAGACAAAGGGACAGGACGAUCGUGCAUGAGUGAGUGUGUGUGUGCGAAGGAGGAAUCUUUAAACAUAGAGAUCACUCACUCCACACAACAAACAGGCGGCCAUCAGUUCGUGUGCAAGUGCGCGCGCGCGUGUAUGUGUGUGUACUUAGCGGAGGCAAAUUGACCACUAUUAGCCAACGGAAGUAAAAUUGAAAAAAAAAAGUAAAAACGCGAACUAGGGAGAUUAAAACUCGCUACUAGAAUAAGGGUAGUUGUGUAAUGAAACGAACAAAAAAAAACAUAAGCCAGCGAAAGCUUCUACGAGAAGAAGCUUUUUUUCUUCGUUGUAGUUGUAAAUGUAGAUGCCACGUGAUCAUUAGAGAUCAUGCGAUAGAUCACACACUGGGAAACGGCCUGAUUGACUACCAAGGGGAUACGAUCGGGUUGUGGGCAAUGCAGGGUUGAACCACUAAUUGCUAAUGAUGGAGAGAACAAUAAUUAAGAAAUAUUAACUUAGUGCGGCAGGAGUGCGUAAGGAACUCCUCAAAUCCACAUUUAUAUAAAGGUAAUUCCUUUUAUUAUUUGAAGGACUAUCAAACGGAUUACUCAACGUAGGGCGAAAGUAGCAUCGGCCCCAAAAAAAAACACUUUCUCUAUAUCAGUGUGUGCGUGUUGUUCACACGUCUAAUGAAGUUUGCGUCUGAUGGAGAUGAAUACAGCAUUAAAAUUUCAUGGUUCGUGGAGCAAAAAACCUUGGUGGGAUCAAACGACAGAAACUGGUAGCUAUGGGGGUAACAUUACACGUCACAUCCAAACGUGGGGUUGGGGGGAGGAGGGGUUUGUGUGUGGGGAAAGCAAACAAAAAAAACAAGGGAUACGAAGUCCUGAUCUUAAGUCGUCAAUUUCUCACCUUUUACUAUUAACACUCAAUUUUCCAAUUUUACAAUACAACUUGUACACUAAGGCACGGCACGUGUGUAAGAGAUGCAAUUGAGUAGCGACACGAUUUUAGCGAUCUCUCCUUCUCUUUCCCUCUCUCACAAACACACACACACACAGAUACUCACUGUUUUCGUAAAAGAAAUGUAUUAGGCAAAUGUUUUAUAGCGUUUUUCCUUUCCUCCGUUCCUCCCCACCAUUCCUACCCCUUUGACACUCUUAAGCUUUCCUCCCUAAGAGGAUGUGAUGCGACAAAAGCUUCUCUAAACAAUCACCAAACAACGCGCCUGUCCUGAUGUCCUUUAGCGAAACGCAGUGCGCAAUCCACGCAAUCUUACGCACGUUUUAGACGCGUACACGCGAAACGCAAUAACACGGUUCACGAAGUAAAACUUUAACACAAAACAGUAGCGUUUAGUAAAAACCGUGGAGAAUAGAUUGUCUCUAGCGUCUUCUCCUACUUCUCCACAACCACUUCCCUCAGCCAUAACAGAUAAAAGCUCCCGCAAGGAAGGUACAUCGUAAAGCGUGCUAUUACAAAAGCUUCCAAUAUUUCGUCAACGAAGGACGAUGACACGUGGCUGCUAUCAAGCGAAGCGAAAUCCAAUGUGCAAAAGAUGGAAAAAGGAAUAUAAAUUACGCACGCCGUUACUGACCUUAUCCAAGCACUAAAAUGCACUCGGGCGCAGUGUGUAAUGAAACGAAAUGAUAAGCAAAAGCGAAAAAUAAUAUUUUCUAGUCUAAUUUAGUAACUUAAGAGACGAGAGUUUUAGUAAAAGGUUAUCGAAGAAAGAAGAUGAUCACCCAAUCUGUAAUUUGAUAAAAACAGAAACAAGAAAAAAAGGGGAAACUAAAAUAACACUCCGAUAUUAUUGAAAAAUAUGGUAGCGAAAUAACCAAACGGAAGAAUCAAAUUGUGUUGUUUUUUUUUUGUUCUUCAAUCAAACGUACGAUUACUCACGAAUCAAAACAGUAGUAAAAUAAGGGGAAAUUUAAAACAAACAAACUUUAAUAACGUUGCACGAAGAAGGUCGUCAAAUGUAAAAAAAAGAAACCUUUAGUGGAAAAUUUUUGUUCCAUGUAAUUAAUGUUUUCCGUUUUCCAUUUUCAACCGGCCUUUUUGCAAAAAGCGAUUUUGGAUGCAAAAAUAGGUAAAAGACUCCUAGCGAAAAUGAAAUAUGCAGCAAAGGAAGGAAAACAGUUUGCAUCACCUAUUUUCCAGAGCAGAUUCCAAAAACAAAACGCUGCCAGUAGGGCAUACUAAUUUAAAGUGUAGGAAAAUAUUUCCCUUUUUUUCGUUUUUUUGUGUUUGUUUUUUUUUUUGUUAUUCAAACCAUUUCCGGACCUUCGUAGUGCACGUUCCGCAUAACAUACCGAAUACCGCUGAAGUGAAUCAAAAUGCAUAUACAAACUCGAACACGAUACUACUAAACAGCUAAUUACGGUUUUUACACCACUCAUAAAUAGUCUGUUUGGGGAAAAAGUCGUUUCUGCGUAGCGAAACAUAGAGUAGUUGAACAAAUAAUCGAACAGAAAACGAUAACACUUACAUGCAAACACAUUACACAUAAAACAAACACACACACACAAACUAUUCAAUUACCGAUUACAACCUAAUGAUCAAAAGCGAUUUACAUUUUUGCAAUAAGAGCAACAACACGUACGAAAAAUAGACAGAAAAUACAUCAAAAUGCGCGUUCGAUUAUACAAGCGAAAAGCAAGCAAAACAAGUUACUAAUGGCGAAUAAUAGAAAACUUAAAGAUAAAGGUAAAACAACCAACUAAAUACACUCACAAUUAAAAUAUACAAUCCUUUUUGCUAGCUCUUAAAUGAUACGAACACACACACAUAAUUCAUAAUUCGCGCGCAAAACGAAACAACAAACAAAAAAAAAGAGAACAAAAGUGGAAAAGGAAAGGAAGAUAAAAACACACACACACACACACACACGCAAUUUAAUAAUAUCUAACACGUCACAUAACAAACAUGUAAGCAGACAAAACAAAAACUACAAUAAUAUAUUUCAAUCAAAACUAGAGCUAGCUAAUACACCACAGCGAAAUAAUGUAACCAUAUUCUAAGCUAAAACACGUUUAAUUUAACACACAAACAGAAACCCAUUCCCAUACAAUUUAUUACAACAAACUUCCUAUUCGUUCAGCGCAAGACAAGAAAAGUGAUGAGUAAACAAGUAAGCAUACAAAGCAAAAAAAAAAACACGAACUAAACCACUCUAGAAUGAAAUGAAACGGAUUAAAUAUUUAGAACUCAAACUAAAACAUUCAACAUCCCGACUUUUCCAAACAAAAACCACCCCGAAAGAUACACACAGAAGUAAUGUUUGCACGAAAGUGUAUGAAACUUAACCAUGCAGAAACCAAGUAACAAAAAAAAAACAAUCGGGAUUUGAUUUGUAGUAUGUAACCAAGGCCGUAGUAAAACCGACAAUGAAAUAAUAUACGGGCAAAUAUAUAUUAUAUAACGAUCGGAUAGAUACGAGUGUUACGUAAACGUGUGUGAGUGUGUGUACGUGUGUAAUGUUGGAAGGAUGAAAAGAUCGGAGGAUCGGACGUGAAAUGAUUUCUGCAACUGACAAAAAGAUCGACGACUACUUAAACAAAACAAAACAAAACAAAACCUUCUUUAUAUAGGCAUGAAUCAAUAAAUCAAAAACGUAAUGAUGAAAUAUAUUAAUGAUCAAAA